CGGGGCGAUAAUGCAUGCUGUUGACUUUGACAUCGGGCAGGAAGGCAUAACUCUUCUGGCAGCUAUAUAUACGCCACUCUCCUGCCACUUUCAGCUCUUAUCAUCCACCCAACAUGCUCUCUUUCGCCACCCUGUCCGCUCUCCUCCCUCUGCUCUUUCCCGUAGUCGCGGCAGACCAUCUCCGCAACCCUGCGCCCCAGAUCUUCUUCCCACCUUCUCCCGACGAUGUCCUUCACCCCGAGUGGCCUGACCGACAAGCUGCUCUAGGGUGGAGUGGAAAGCAUGCCAGCGAAGGUUCGGGUGUCGUUGGCAGUGGCCCUGGAGCUUGUGGAGGAGUUUGUGUUUUGACUCCCGAAGUCAUGGAGGGCCCAUUCUACAUUGAUUACCACCUGCCCCGCUCAAACAUCACCGAAGGGCUCCCCGGACUUCCCCUAUCCCUUACCAUCCAUCUUUACUCCAUCUCUUCUCACUUGUCCGACCCCACUCUGCCACACUCUACCUGUACGCCCCUGUCCAACGCUUGGGUCGACAUCUGGAGCUGCGAGGCCGAGGCGGGUAUCUAUUCUGGGUAUGGGAAAGCGGCCGAGGGAGGGCCGGAUGGACCUGGGGGUCCACCCGACUGGCCUGGAAAGGGACCUAGCAAGGGUCCGGGAAGGCCUCCUCAUGGUCCCCCAGGAGGACCCGGCGGCCCGCCUAUGCAUGUUGAGCCAAUCAACAACUCGACCUUCCUCCGUGGUAUCCAGCAGACCGACGCCGAGGGAAAGGUCACCUUCGACAUGAUCUACCCUGGCUGGUAUCCCGGCCGCACGGUGCAUAUUCACAUGAAGACCCACGCUCCUGCUUGGGGAGGUGACGCUGCAGCAAUGUCCAACGAGACGCACACGCACACCACACAAAUAUUUUUCCCUCAAGAGCUCAACGACCAAGUUGCCGAGCACCCCAUCUACGCCAAGAACGGUGCGCGACGAAUCACCAAUGCGCAAGAUGGCUUGUUUGAAGAGAUGGAGGGGGCGAGUGUCGUCAAGAUUGAUCAGGGGAUGAACGGAGACGAGGCGAUCGAAGCUAGCUUGGCGGUCGGGGUCGACAUGUGGUGGUAGAUAUACUUGAUUCUUUGUCUUUUGUUCUGUCUGUACUCUGGUCUGGUUCGGGUGACUUGUAAUGUGUAUACGUAGCUGAGAAUGAAUAACA